AUGACAUCAACAGUUGGUAGCUUGAAAAGGAAUCCUAAAGAAACCAUAAUUUCUCAUAUCGGAAUACAGUCGUUAUAUGUUCACACAUCUACAGGGGGAUACACAGUUAUAAUUCAAGCAAAAACAAAAACGAUGACAUGGAAACAGAAAGAAGUUGUUUAUGGGGAAAAUACAAUAGAGGUGGAGGUGAAAUCUUACUGGAGACUCUUUAUUGAGGAGGUGAUGAACCCAUUCUAUGUGUUCCAGAUUGCAAGCAUCACUCUGUGGCUUUUUGACCAGUACUAUUAUUAUGCUGCCUGUAUUCUAUUUAUAUCUUUGGUGUCAGUUGGAAUUUCCCUGUAUGAAACCAAACGACAAAGUGUGACCCUUCAUGACAUGGUUUCCACACAUGCUCAGACCAUCAGUGUUUGUCGUGGGGAGGAGGUUUAUGAGGAUGUACCCACGGGGGACCUGGUUCCUGGGGAUGUGAUUGCUAUUCCCCAGCAUGGCUGUGUCAUGACUUGUGACGCUGUGCUGGUCACAGGAACCUGUAUUGUCAACGAGAGCAUGCUCACUGGUAAAGCACUCCUACAGUCUAAUCCAACUUCUAAUGUGUAA